AGUUAUUUGUAUUAUCGAGGAGGGAGGACGGUUAACAGUGCAAGGGGGUGUGUAUAUCUGGGGCAGAGCGCUCAGUGUGUCUGAUCCAGCAAGCUGGCGGAAUUCAAUAUGGCAUCCGGCGAAACGCUGUACAUAGAAACGGAUGGGUCGGAGAUGCCGGCGGAGAUAGUGGAACUUCACGAAAUAGAAGUAGAAACGAUUCCCGUGGAGACUAUUGAGACUACAGUGGUCGGGGGAGACGAUGAUGACGAACACCAGCCUAUGAUCGCCCUGCAACCGCUUGAUUCAGACGACCAUCACCACCAAGAAGUGAUCCUAGUCCAGACCCGAGAGGAGGUUGUCGGCGGGGACGACUCAGACCUCCGUGCAGACGAUGGAUAUGAGGAUCAAAUCCUUAUUCCCGUCCCCACUCCUGGGGCCGAGGAGGAAUAUAUCGGUCAGACUCUGGUUACUGUUGCAGGGAAAAGCUCCAUAGGGCGGAUGAAGAAGGGGGGAGGCAGUAGUGGCAAGAGAGCGGGCAAAAAAAGCUAUCUAAGCGCCGCAGAAGCUACCGGAAGAAAAUGGGAGCAGAAGCAAGUCCAAAUAAAGACACUGGAAGGAGAAUUUUCUGUUACGAUGUGGGCAUCAGAUGACAAAAAAGACAUAGACCAUGAGACGGUGGUGGAGGAACAGAUCGUUGGGGAGAAUUCCCCUCCAGACUACUCGGAGUACAUGACCGGGAAGAAGCUGCCCCCGGGCGGAAUUCCCGGGAUCGACCUCUCGGACCCCAAACAGCUAGCAGAGUUUGCAAGUCCCUUCAAUGAGGUUACCAGCCCCCACAGGUCAGACCCACGCUGGAUGAAGCCACGCAAGGUCAAAGAGGACGACGCGCCGCGGACAAUAGCGUGCCCUCACAAGGGCUGUACGAAGAUGUUCCGGGAUAAUUCGGCGAUGCGGAAGCACCUGCACACCCACGGCCCUCGUGUGCACGUGUGCGCGGAGUGCGGCAAGGCCUUUGUGGAGAGCUCCAAACUCAAGAGACACCAGCUGGUACACACCGGGGAGAAACCUUUCCAGUGCACGUUUGAGGGCUGUGGGAAGCGCUUCUCUCUGGACUUUAACCUGCGGACGCACGUGCGCAUACACACGGGGGACCGGCCCUACGUCUGCCCCUUCGACGGCUGCAACAAGAAGUUCGCCCAGUCCACCAACCUCAAGUCCCACAUCCUCACACACGCCAAAGCCAAAAAUAACCAAUGAGCCUGCUCCUCUCCUCCCUCUUCUGUCUUCUCUCUCCCUCUCUUCUCUCUCCUCUCUUGCUAUCUCUUUCUCUCCAUCUCUCUCUCUCUCGCCCUCUAUCUCUCUUUCUUUUUUUCUUCCUUUCUCUCCCUCUCUCUCUCUCUCCCCUUCCUUCCAUGUGGUUUCCUCUCUCUCCACCCCACCCCUACCGUCCUGGUAGUAGUGGCUCAAGGACGUCUUAAAACUCGCCCCUAUGAACCUGUAGACAUUUUGAUAACUUAUACAAAAGUGGGCAAAAGGAAAACACAAAAAAGAGAAAAGUUCAAGUCUUCUGCAUUCUCCCUCCUCUGAAGCCCCUUCCUUCUACACCCCCCAACAGACUGGCGUGCUGUCAGGGGUCUGGGCACUAUGGAAACGACCUCUGACCCCCCCCCCCCCCGCCCCGCCCCGCCCUUGCUGUAUGGAACUCGUGGACAUUUGUCGUCGAUCUGAGCGUUCUUGUCUCCUUCCUCCCUUCCUGAGCAGGAGGACAGAACCAGGACUGUUACAGUGCUCAGGCCACACACACACACACACACACACACACACACACACACACACACACACACACACACACACACACACACGUCUCUUCACUCCCACUGGUUUGUGGUUUGUUUUGAUUUCAUUGUUUUGUUUUGUUUGCCCUCCUGUCCUCUGCUUCCUCUGUGUAGGCGGUGCAGGCCUUUAACUGAGCGACUGCCCCGUCGCUUCUCCAGUGUGCAUAUUGUACGCUGCCUCCUCUCCCCAGACACUAGCUUAGGGUGUGUCCCCAAGGUCACCAUGUGUGUGUCCCCAAGAUCACCAUGUGUGUGUCUCCAAGGUCACCAUGUGUGUGUCCCUCAGAACGCUCUCCAGCGCUCCGACGACCCCUUCAGACGUACCCGAGACAAGACGAGACGAGAUGAGACGAGCUUCAGAAGAGUCCUUACUUCAUGUGUAGUUUCACUUUUCUCAUGCCUCCUUCGUGUGUGUGUGUGUGUGUGUGUGUGUGUGUGUGUGUGUGUGUGUGUGUGUGUGUGUGUGUGUGUGUGUGUGUGUGUGUGUGUGUGUGUGUGUGUGUGUGUGUGUGUGUGUGUGUGUGUGUGGUGGAGCUGUACAGAGUGAUUGGUGCUGAUCAUGUAGCCCACUGUGUUAGACUGUGUGUAACUGCCCCAAGACCCUUCUGCUCAAGUCAUGAAUUGCUUUUUGUUUGUUUGUUUGUUUGUUUGUCAUGGUAUGUUUUUCACGUGGGGGGGGGGUGUCUGGAUAUACCCAUGCUAGUUCACUUCAGUCCAUCAGUUGAAUGACAGACCUUAAGAAAAAUAUGUUGUUUUUUCCUCUUUCUUUGUUAGAAUGUAUUGUAAAGGCAUCGACCAUGAACCCUUCUUUGUUAAUACUUUACUGACACACCCAUGUACUUCAGUGACUACAAUUAAACAAGACACGGUCCCUACUGUUUUA